GCUUCACCAUGAAGGCCAUUGUGUUAGCAUUGACCCUCGCUCUUGUGGGGAGUCAGUCUAAUAUCGAACCUAAUUUCAGCCAAGGCAAGACCUACCUCUACCGUUACGAUAGUUUAAUGUUAAAUGGAUUUCCGGAAGGUGGAUUAGCCAGAAGCGGAGUAAGAAUACACUGCAAAGUAGAAAUUGGAGCACUUGACUCACAUAAUUACAUACUCAAGAUUCAAGACCCCCGCUUAGAGGAACUCAAUGGCAUCUGGCCCAAGGCUACAUUCCAGGAAGCUCCAAGACUGACCAGGACAUUGGCCCCUCAGCUAACACAGCCAGUAAAAUUUGAGUACAGUAAUGGCCGUGUUGGGAGCAUUUACACUCCUGAAAGUGUUUCUGAAACUGUUGUCAACAUCCAGAGGGGAAUCCUGGAAAUGUUCCAAGUUACUAUCAAGAAAUCCCAGAACACAUAUGAUUUGCAGGAGGCUGGGCUUGAAGGUAUCUGCCAAUCAAAUUACAUUAUUCAGGAAGGCAGAAGAUCUGAUCAGAUCAUUGUUACAAAAGCCAGAGAUCUCAACAACUGCAAGGAAAAAGUUGCAAAAACCAUCGGAGCCUCAUACAUUCAGCCUUGUCAUGCAUGUGAACAGAGGAGCAAGAGCUUGCGGGGUAAUGUUGCCUACAACUAUGUAAUGAAGCAAAAAAGUUCAGGAGCUUUAAUUACUGAAGCCAGAUCUCAGGCAGUGUAUCAGUAUACACCAUUCAAAGAACAAAAUGGAGUAGCUGUUACAGAAGCCAGACAGCAACUCAUACUGAUUGAGGAAAAGAACUCUCGUAUAAACGAACCUCACAGCCAGAUGAAGAAUCGUGGAAAGUUACUGUAUCAGUUUUCGCAUGAAGUCCAACAAAACCCAUUUCAGCUUGUGAGGACAAGAAACCCUCAAGCCCAGAUAGAAGAAACCCUCCAACAUUUAGUGCAAAAUAAUGUGCAAAAAGUGCACCCUGAUGCCCCAGCCAAGUUUCUGCAGCUCACACAGCUGUUACGGUUUGUAAGUUAUGAAGACAUCGAAGCUCUCUGGAAACACCGUUCAUCAAACUCAGAGUACAGGAGGUGGAUACUGAAUGCUAUUCCAGCUGCAGCAACACCAGACGCCCUAAAAUUUAUUAGCCGAAAGAUCCAGAAUGAAGAGGUGACUUACAUGGAGGCAGCAGCGACCCUGAUCCCUGCAAUGCAUAUGGCAAAGGCAAACCAGAAAUCACUGCAGAUCGCCUCAGAAAUUGCAACAUCUCAUUAUGUGAAGAAAUAUUCGAUUCUGCGUAAAAUGGCCCUGCUCGCAUAUGGCUCCAUGGUGUACAGAUAUUGUAAGGAGCAGGACACUUGCCCUGAUUCUGCUCUUCAGGUACUCCAUGAAUUUGUGUCUAAAUCUGCUGAAACUAAUCAAGAGGAAGAAAUUAUUCUGGCCCUGAAGGCACUCGAAAAUGCAGGGCAACCAGAAAGCAUUAAGCGCAUUCAGAAGUUCCUGCCUGGGUUUUCAUCUGGGGCUUCACAUUUUUCUAUCAGGACUAAGGUAGCAGCUGUGAUGGCACUGAGGAACAUUGCUAAGAAGGAUCACAAGAAGGUACAAGACAUAGUGGUUCAGAUUCUGUUUAAUAAAGAACUACAGCCUGAAGUUCGCAUGGUUGCUGCCACUGUCCUGUUCAGAAGCCAACCUCCUCUGGCCUUAAUAACAGCUGUAGCUGAUUCUCUGCUGAAGGAGACCAAUUUACAAGUAGCCAGCUUCAUCUAUUCUCAAAUGAAAGCCUUGGCCAGAAGCACUCUGCCUGACCUUCAUACAGUGGCUGCUGCUUGUAAUAUUGCCACAAAGCUUUUAAGUUCAAAGUUUGACAGAUUAAGUUAUCGCUACAGCAAAGCCUUCCACUUUGAUACAUUUAAAAAUGACCUUAUGUUAGGAGCAUCUUUAGAUGCUUUUGUGCUUAACAACGCUGCCAGCUUCCUGCCAUCUACAUUUAUAACGAAAUUUAGAGGGAUGUUUACUAAUGCUAAGACUAGCAUUUUGGAGAUCGGCUUUCAAGCUGAAGAAUUGCAGCAGCUUAUGAAACGUCAGGGGAUUGAUACUCGCUCAACCAUGAAAAGUAAAAUGCAACAAGUAUUAAAAACACUAUCUGGAUGGAGAAAUCUUCCAUCAGGAAAACCAUUAGUGUCUGCCUAUCUGAAGAUAUUUGGCCAAAAUAUUGCUUUUGGAAGACUCAAUAAAGAUGAUAUUGAAGAGAUAGUACAGGCUGUAAAACAACCAAGAGAUCCAGCCAUUCCAAUGCAGAAGAUUAUCAGGCAGCUUCAGAGUGGCAUGAACACACGUUGGUCAAAACCUAUGCUUGUAGCAGAAAUUCGUCGGGUCAUUCCCACCUGCGUAGGGCUUCCUCUGGAAGUUAUGCUACAUGCAUCUGCAGUAGCAGCUGCUGGAAUCAGCAGUCAAAUUCAGAUGAAGCCAUCUGUGUCAGAAAAGUUUAGAUUUGCUGAGCUGUUUGACUCAAAGAUUGAUCUGAGACUUGAAGCUACUCCCAGUGCAAUCACACAUGCUGUAGCUGUCAUGGGAGUCAACACACCUUACCUCAGAAGUGCAAUUGAACUGAAUAUUAAGGCCAGAGCAUCUGCUCCUGUCAACAUUGCAGCAAGCUUAAACAUAAGAGAAGAAAAUUUCAAGUUAGAAACUGAUCCUGUUCAACAAGAAAAUGAAAUUAUAACUCUGAGAGCCCAGGCAUUUGCUGUGUCAGAGAAUAAAGAAGAUUAUGAUACAACAAAACGAACUCCAGUACUCCCUCCAUCAGCUGACACAGAAUCUAUCACAAAGAAGGAAUUUGAAUCCAGACAAAUCUUUUCUGAACGGCAAAGUUCUGAAGAUUUAUUAAUGAAGUCAAAAUACAGUUCAAGCGAAUCACAAAGAUCUUAUUCAUCAAAAUAUCCUAAAACCUACCAAGUCUGUACAAAGUCAACACAUUUAGCAUUGGAAGCUUGUAUCAAAACUACAGCACAAUCUGGUGCAUUUGUCAGGCACUCCCCUCUCUACAUGCUGCUUGGAGAAAAGGAGGUUCAGAUUUCUCUUAAACCAGUGCACACUGAAGGUUCUAUUGAGAAAAUACAAAUCGAGGUUCAGACAGGUGAUAAAGCAGCUUCGAAAAUAAUCCAUUUAAUAGCUGAGGAGGAAGAAGUGACUGCUGCAGAAGAAGAAGAACCUAAAGGCAAAAUGUCUCUCUUGUCAGCAAAGAAGAUCCUAAGAACUACAUCACAAAAGGACCGCAGUAGGAAACAUAGAAACAAGCAUUCACAUCAGUCUGAUAACACCAGUUCUAGUAGUUCAUCCAGCAGUGAGUCUUGGGACUUGCACAAGAGUAAGAAAGAACGACAAAAUCAACAGGAUGCCAUGCAGAGGCACAGAGAACAAGGGCAUAGAAGACAAAACAAGGGCAAAAGGAGCAGCAGCAGCAGCAGUGAAGAAAGUAGUAACAGCAGCAGCAACAGCAGCAGCAGCAGCAGUGAAAGCGGCAACAGACGCUCUAGUUCUUCAUCAAGCUCUUCUGCUGAGAAUCAGAGGAAGAAGCACCAGUCGGUCUCACACAACAUACACCAGUCUAAUAGGGAACAACAACAAAAGCAAUCCAAACACAGAAAGCAGCAGAGCAGCAGCAGCAGUUCUAGCAGCAGCAGCAGCGGCAGUUCUAGCAGGAGCAGCGGCAGUUCUAGCAGCAGCAGCAGCAGUUCUAGCAGCAGCAGCAGCCAUAGAAGAGGUAGUAGGUGGGGUCACAGCAGCCAUCAUCAACAGGAUUCUGCUUCAGGGGAUAUAUUCAGCUACAGUUUCAGGUCAACACCUAAGCAGAAGAUGUCCAGAAGUCAAAGUUCUACACCAAGACAGCAAUUUUCUUCCAGCAGUAGCAGCAGAAGUAGUUCCAGCAGCAGCAGCAGCAGUUCUAGCAGCAGUAGCAGCUCCAGCAGCAGCAGCAGUUCCAGCAGCAGCAGCAGCAGCAGCUCUUCUAGUAGCCAGUCUUCACAGCAGAUCCAAUUCCUAGGAGACCAUACAACACCUAUAGUUGUGGUUGUUGUUCGGGCCAAGAGGAGUGAUGGCAAACAGCGAGGUUACCAAAUUGCUGCUUAUGCAGACCUCAAAGGACCCAAACCCAGAGUACAGCUAUAUGCAGAGGAAAUCUCCAGGUCCAGCAGAUGGAAAGUGUGCGCUGAUGCAGCAAUUCCCAGCAAUUACAAAGCAGCGGCAACUAUGAAGUGGGGCCAGAACUGCAAAGACUACAUGAUCACUGUUAAGGCAAAGACGGGUCAGUUUGCAUCCCAUCCAGCUGUGCAGCUCAAGCUAGAAUGGAGCAGGCUUCCUCAGAUGGUGAAAGAAAGCACAAAAAUGGUCUCUGAUUAUGUGCCAGGUGUUGCUUUACUGUCAGGAUUCAGUUACAAAAUGCAGAACAAUCCUUCUCAUGAGCUUUCAGCAAUUUUAGCUGCAACAUCUCCAAGAACUUUGGACUUAGCCUUCAGAAUUCCAAAAGAAACCUUCUGCUACAGAGGCUUACAACUACCAGCUGCAUUACCUGUAACUAAGGACACCAGUGGAGCAGAUCUCCCUGAAGCUAUGUUACGUACUCUACGUGAACUUCCUGAAUUGAUAGCAAUGGCAGAUACAGCUGAGUGCACAGCACAAGAGAACAUGGUGACAACAUUUAACAACAUGAAACUGGAGUAUGAAAUGGCUGAAGGUUGUCAUCACAUCCUGGCACAAGACUGCAGUCAGGAACUGGACUUCCUUGUCAUGAUAAAACGAGCUGAGGGGUCUCCUGAAAAGAAAGCAGUUCAUGUAAAGCUUCCUGACCUAGAGCUUGAGAUGGUACCAUCAGGUGAUUCCAUCAGGGUGCUACUGAAUGGUGUUGAGAAACCACUACAAGCUGGUUCAUCUGUGGACUUAACUGAUUCUGUUUCUCUUUAUCCUGAAAGUGAUGGUAUAUAUCUCCAAGCUUCAGAUCAUGGAAUUGAGCAUUUAUAUUUUGAUGGAAAAACAUGCAAGAUCACGGCUUCUUCUUGGAUGAGAAAAAGAACAUGUGGCUUGUGUGGUCACAACGAUGGUGAAACAAUGCAGGAGUUUAAGAAGCCUUCAGGAUCUCUGGCACUGAAUGCAGCAAGCUUUGCUCAGUCUUGGAUUGCACCAGGACAGUCGUGCUCUGAAGCAUGCAAACUGCAGCAUUCAUUUGUUAAACUGGAAAAAAAGGUUAUCCAUGAGGGAGAAAACUCCAAGUGCUAUUCCAUUGAUCCUGUCCUGCGCUGCUUACCAGGAUGUUCACCAGCUAAAACUACCCCAGUUACUGUUGGAUUCCAUUGCCUCCCAGCAGAGGCCACUUUAACUAAACCUGAGGCGGAGAUGAGCUUUGAGCAGAAGACCCUGGACCUGAUGGAGACCGUCGAUGCUCAUACAGCUUGUUCAUGCAGUGAUGCAGCAUGUCAGGCAUAAAUCCACAUGGAAUGUGUCAGCUAACUGAAUGUAGAUUUCGUAACUUUUAUUUAAAGUAUUAAAACAUACAAUGUAAUUUAAUUAUUAAACUGAAUAUAAAGUGUUGCAACUUUUGGCAAGUUUAUUUAAGUAUCAGAAUGUCAAGAACAUUGUAGUUAUUAAACAUGAAAAUACAAAGCACAA